AUGCAUCAGAAUUCAGAAUCGAAUUUCCAAAUGUGCGAGUGUCAAGAAGCGACUGAUAUGAAGUUGCAUGAGAUGGUGAAAGAAUUCAUAUCUGUUGACGGCUUGGGAGUGGUAGAACCAAGAGACUUUGAAGGCACUCAAGAACAAUUUCGCGCGAAGAGCAUAUUGAACCAAACCACAAAUAAAGUUGAGAAUCAAAAUCGUUAUGAAACUGGUCUUCUGUGGAAGUAUGAGAACUUCAGAUUGCCAGAUAGCCGUCCAAUGGCAUUGCAAAGAAUGAAGUGUCUGGAGAGACGUCUCGAUGGUGACCCUGAUCUGAAAGACAACGUGCAUCGACAAAUCAACGAAUACGAAGUGAAGGGUUACAUCCGAAAGCUGUCACAAGAAGAAUUGAACCAACAUCACGACAGAGUCUGGUAUCUACCGAUUUUCCCGGUGCGAAAUCCAAACAAACCGGAGAAAGUUCGACUGGUGUGGGACGCGGCCGCGAAGGUGGAAGGAGUUUCGCUUAAUACGCUAUUGAUGAAAGGAAUCGACUGGAACGCAUCGCUCCUGGGUGUCCUCAUACGAAGCCGACAAAACAAGGUAUGUAUCUUUGGUGAUAUUAAAGAAAUGUUCCACCAGGUACAAAUUCCUGCGAAAGACCAACAAGUACUACGGUUUCUUUGGAGAAGUAACACUAAUGAAGAACCGGACACUUACGUGAUGCAAGUGAUGACUUUUGGCGCGACUUGCUCUCCCAGCUGCGCACAGUAUAUAAAAAACUGCAAUGCUUUGAAAUAUGAAGAAGAGUUUCCGAAGGCUGUUAAAAGCAUUUUAGAAAGCCAUUACGUGGACGAUUUCUUGGAAAGUGUUGACACCGAAAUGGAAGCAAUUCAGCUGGCAAGAGACGUCACAACUGUUCAUGCGAAAGCUGGUUUUGAAAUCAGAAACUGGAAAUCUAAUUCCUUGACUGUCAUGAAAGCUCUAAAUGCACAGCCUACUGAUGAUUAUUCUGAUUUAAACCCGAGUGUCGAUCCUGCGUUAGAAAAGGUUCUAGGAAUGUGGUGGUCUCAGCGAAGUGAUGAAUAUACAUUCUCUCUACGAUUCAACAAGGGGAACCAACAAGUACUGAACGGUGAACACCGACCAACGAACAGAGACAUUCUGCGAAUCCUCAUGUCCAUAUAUGAUCCGCUUGGGCUGAUAGCUCAUUUUUUGGUUUAUCUCAAGAUCUUGUUGCAAGACAUAUGGCGUAGUCGUGUUGAUUGGGAUGUUCCGGUAAAUGAUGACCACUUUGAAUCAUGGAAGAUAUGGCUGAAGGUUCUUCCUCAAGUUGAAAGGUGUCGCAUUCCAAGAUGUCUAUUGAAGAAUUUACCAAACUGGCUUGGAACAACUGUGCAAUUACACGUUUUCAUGGACGCAAGUGAACAAGCAUGUGCCACUGUAGCGUAUAUCAGAAUUAGUUCAGAAAAUCACAUCGAAUGUUCGCUAUUAGGGGCGAAGACAAAGGUCGCGCCGAUUAAGCUCCGCUCGGUUCCAAGAUUGGAACUGGAUGCUGCAGUUAUGGGAUGCAGAUUUGCCAAAAAGCUCACCGAUGAAAUGUCCAUAACAGUGAACAAAAUAUUCUUUUGGAGCGAUUCGAAGACAGUACUAAGUUGGAUAAAUGGAAAUCCCCAUCGCUAUAACAAGUUCGUAGCGUUCCGAGUAGCCGAAGUACAAGACAACGACCAAGGUGGAAGCUGGCGGUACAUUCAAUCAAAAUUCAAUGUUGCCGAUGACGCCACUAAGUGGACAAGACCACCAACGCUGGACCCUUCCGAACGAUGGUUUCAAGGCCCAAGUUUUUUGAUGGACAUAGAAGCCAACUGGCCAAAGAACAUACCAACAACAAAUGAAACUGGCGAAGAACUUGUAUGCAUUCAUCAAGCACUUCAACCGUGGAUCAACAUAAGUCGUUUUUCAAGCUGGCAAAGACUUUUGAGAACUACAGCGUACGUCUAUCGAUACUUAAAUAUCAAACUUAAAUUACAACCGGACAUACCUAGUACUGGCAUUUUAUCUUGCGAAGAAUUACGAAAGGCUGAAACUAUUCUAUUCCGUAUUGCUCAGAGGGACGUUUAUUCUGAAGAAUUUUCAUCACUCAAGAAACAAAACAAGAUACCAAAUAAACCAAUUCGAGUUCCUGCUUCAAGCUCAAUCAAGAGGCUCUCACCAUAUCUAGAUGAUGAACAACAACUACUUCGAGUAAAGGGAAGAUUGGACGCGGCCCCAUGUAUCAACAUCAACACAAAGAGACCAAUCAUAUUGCCGAGGGAUCAUGCGAUUACGAAGCUACUGGUUCAACGAGUCCACGAAGAAUUUCAGCACGCCAAUAACGAAUGUGUAGUCAACCAAUUGAGACAAAGGUACGUAAUCCCUAAGUUAAGACAACAAUUAAAGUGUGUUAUCAAAGUGUGCCAAUGGUGUAAGAUCAAUAAAGCAAAACCGAGCACACCUGAAAUGGCCCCUCUUCCUCCAGCAAGAUUAUCGCUGUAUUGUAAUCCGUUCAUGUUCACUGGAGUAGAUUACUUUGGGCCCCUCAUGGUAACAGUAGGACGACGUCAAGAAAAGAGGUGGGGUGUUUUAUUUACCUGCCUCACUACUAGAGCCGUACACGUUGAGGUAGCCCACAAGUUAGAUUCUGAUAGCUUCAUACUAUGCUUCCAAGAUUUUAUACAUAGAAGAGGGUCUCCACAAGAAAUCUAUUGCGAUCGAGGAACCAAUUUUGUUGGGGCAGAGAAGAUGCUACGACGUGAACUUGAGGCAAUAGAUCCAAACAUCAUAGCGAAGCGAUUCAUCAGUCCGACAACAAAAUGGGUCUUCAACCCACCAGCGUCGCCCCAUAUGGGAGGAGCGUGGGAACGUUUAGUUCGCUCAUUCAAAAAAGCCUUAUACUUUUCAUUGCCAACAAAAACGCCGACUGACCAGCUGUUGAGAAGCUGCUUGGUAGCAGCUGAAGGUAUGAUUAACUCCAGGCCACUCACAUAUAUGCCUUUGAACGAUGAACUAGAAGAAGCCUUGACUCCAAACCAUUUCUUGAGGCUGGAUUCUGGAGGAGCCCAACCAAUCGCACAAAUCAACGAUAGCCCUAAAACACUGCGAUACACAUAUCAAUACAAGGAGCGAUUUGCAAACAAAUGCUGGGAUCGAUUCGUACAAGAGUAUGCACCUGAGUUGACUCUGAGAACAAAAUGGUAUAAUCCGGUGGAACCAUUGAAGAUAGGCGACCUCGUCAUCAUCGUCGACAAAGACCUCCCUCGGAACAAUUAUCCAAAGGGAAAGGUGAUCUCCGUUAAAGCUUCUUCCGAUGGACAGGUACGCAGUGCAACGAUUCAGACCAUCCACGGAGUUUUUGAACGACCAACAGUAAAAUUAGCGAAGCUGGAAAUCGGUAGUAGUGAUGUUUCAACAACUUCCCAACCGGGAAUUGUCAAACUGGGGGGAACUGUUAAGAAAAAUGAAAGUGGCAUCACUGAACUUGAAGACAAACGAAAUACAGAAAACAAGAAAGAACAUUUAAAGAAGAGAGACAACUAA